AUGGCACUUACACGCACCGAUGAAAUAAAUGAAUUGAAGAGAAAAAUGGCACUUACACGCACCGAUGAAAUAAAUGAAUUGAAGAGAAAAAUGGCACUUACACGCACCGAUGAAAUAAAUGAAUUGAAGAGAAAAAUGGCACUUACACGCACCGAUGAAAUAAAUGAAUUGAAGAGAAAAAUGGCACUUACACGCACCGAUGAAAUAAAUGAAUUGAAGAGAAAAAUGGCACUUACACGCACCGAUGAAAUAAAUGAAUUGAAGAGAAAAAUGGCACUUACACGCACCGAUGAAAUAAAUGAAUUGAAGAGGAAAAUGGCACUUACACGCACCGAUGAAAUAAAUGAAUUGAAGAGAAAAAUGGCACUUACACGCACCGAUGAAAUAAAUGAGUUGAAGAGAAAAAUGGCACUUACACGCACCGAUGAAAUAAAUGAAUUGAAGAGAAAAAUGGCACUUACACGCACCGAUGAAAUAAAUGAAUUGAAGAGAAAAAUGGCACUUACACGCACCGAUGAAAUAAAUGAGUUGAAGAGAAAAAUGGCACUUACACGCACCGAUGAAAUAAAUGAAUUGAAGAGAAAAAUGGCACUUACACGCACCGAUGAAAUAAAUGAAUUGAAGAGAAAAAUGGCACUUACACGCACCGAUGAAAUAAAUGAUUGA